AUGCCGGCGAAGCGUAAGAGGUCUUUGAACGCCGCGACUGAGGCUCGCGCGGUCAAGGCCCGCGCGGAGUCAGAGGAGGCAGCACCCAAGUGCACGGCGAUCCUGCGGCGGAUCCCCAACACGUACUGGCCCGCCGGCCAGGCGCCGCCCCGGGACGUCUCUCCGCAGGGCCUCGUCCGCUCGUCCAACCUCGACGGCUCCAUCUUGGCGGCCCUCUCGCUGGUCCGCUCUCUCAUGCCGGGCGCGUCCAACACCGACUUCGCAUCGCUUCUCGUGCUGGCCUCGCCCGCGGAGGACUCCCUGGGAUUGUCCACCGCCGUCGCGCAGCUGGGCGGCGAGGCGAGGGGGCCUCGCGCCGCGCUCGCGCUGCUCAAGGCGGUUCUCGGCACGCUCGAGGCGCUGCACGUGGAGGGCACGAGGCAGCUGCUCGACGAGGCGCGGGAGGCGCUCGCCGGCGGGGCGGCGCCUGCGGCGCUCCUCACGCGCCUCGUCGCACUGGCGCGCGGGGAUUGGAUGCUUCGGCUUGGCGGCGCUUACUUUGGCCCCGGCGGUUUGCAGUUCCUGGCGGCCGAGGACGCGCCCGUCAAGCCGUCGAGCGUCGCCGAGGCAGCGGCGCGCGUGCUGCUGCGGCGGCUGCGGGAGCAGCGCGAUGUGCCGGUCGAGUGCUCGGGCCUCAUCUACUCGUCCAAUCUCGACGGCUCCAUCUUGGCGGCCCUCUCGCUGGUCCGCUCUCUCAUGCCGGGCGCGUCCAACACCGACUUCGCAUCGCUUCUCGUGCUGGCCUCGCCCGCGGAGGACUCCCUGGGAUUGCCCACCGCCGUCCCGCAGCUGGGCGGCGAGGCGAAGGGGCCUCGCGCCGCGCUCGCGCUGCUCAAGGCGGUUCUCGGCACGCUCGAGGCGCUGCACGUGGAGGGCACGAGGCAGCUGCUCGACGAGGCGCGGGAGGCGCUCGCCGGCGGGGCGGCGCCUGCGGCGCUCCUCACGCGCCUCGUCGCACUGGCGCGCGGGGAUUGGAUGCUUCGGCUUCGCUGCGAGCGCGGUGGCCACGGCGGUUUGCAGUUCCUGGCGGCCGAGGACGCGCCCGUCAAGCCGUCGAGCGUCGCCGAGGCAGCGGCGCGCGUGCUGCUGCGGCGGCUGCGGGAGCAGCGCGAUGUGCCGGUCGAGUGCUCGGUGAUGCUCAAGGACGUGCGCGGAAACUUCAAGGAUGAGGACGACACCGACGGCACCUUCGACCCGGCGGAUGCGUCCCUGUGGGUCGUCGCCAACUCCAAGGAGGACGAAACGCCGAAGCCGCCGACGCGCUGGAACCUCGAGGCGACCGCCACUGAUUGCGCGACGCUCUGCCCUUGA